AUGAAACUAGAUGAAUUAUUUUAUAUAUUAGCAUUAAUUCUUUAUUUCUUAAUUUUUCUAGGAAUUGUGGAGUCAAGUUCAAUUAAGACACCUAAAGAUCUUGCGGAUAAAGAGGUCGCACCUGGACUACCUUUAUUAAACGAUGAGGAAGUUUACAGUUGGAAUACUUUAAGAGAUUAUGUUGAAUAUUAUGAAAAUAGUAUUGAGACUAUUAGAAAAAAUUAUCCUGCUCUUGAGGACCAUUUAAUAAAAAGUCAGUGGUUUUCUAUAAUUGAUGUUUUGCAGUGCGAAUAUGAAAUAGAUCAAGAUAAAAGAUUGCUACCAGCCAAAAUGAAGAUCAAAGACCUUCCAGAGAUUAUAAAUGAUGUAAAAUUUUUGUGGAAAGAAAAAAAUUUUCUUCAUGUUUCUCUAGAAAAGUCUGAAUUUAUACAAAGGUGUACUUCAGCAAUUAGAAAUCUAAUUCUUCACAAAAGUAUUACAGUGGAAUCUUAUGAUAAAAGUCUAUUAAAAAGUAUUUGUAACGAGUCCUCAACAAUGUUUUUUAAUCCGGCAAUGCUUUAUGAAGAGUUAAAAACAAAAACUGAUUAUGAAAAGCAAAGAAUUCCCAUCUCAAGAUUAACAUGCAUAGACAAACAUAGAAUUCGAAUUGGGCAAUGGUCUGCAAUUGUUCAUUUACAUGCUCUUGAUUUAGAAGAUGGAAGAGAUAGGAUUUUUAACAAUGAAAGUUCGUCGGAAGAGGAUUUUCUUCCAUAUUCUCCACCUGAUUCAUUUCUUACAGAAAUUGAGGUUGAGAACUUUGAGUUAAUUUGUAAAGAGGUAUUAUCAGAUUAUUAUUCUAGAAUUGAAGAUAAGAAUGUGAUUUUGGAAAUUUUUUGCAAAGAUGCCAAAGAUAUUUAUUACAAUAAUCCAUUAGAUGUACAUGCAAAAUACGCUAUUUAUGGUACUUCAAUUAAAAAGCUGGUGUUAAGCGAGAUUAAAAAGAAAGCCGGAAAAGUAAAUCCUCCGUCUUUGAUGGCACUUAAUUUAAUGGAAUACCGUUCGUUAAGAAUUAGUGAGUGGGGAGUGAUUGUUGAGCAACUUAAUAUUGAUAAGAAUUCUAAGCCCCGUUAUGACCGUGUGGUUGGAAAUAUUUCGAUAGAUCCAAGGCCUUAUGGAUUUAUUACAUCACUAAAUUCCAGAGAAUUCGAAGAGGCAUGUAUCAGCGCACUAAUUAAUAGAGUCAAAAGGCAGGAGGAGUUCAUGAAAUCAAUACUUAAUAUUGAAACAAAUUCUGAAAAAAUGGAAUUAGAUGAGGAAAUCGAAUGGGAGCGUCAACACUCUAUUGAAGUUAUUGAGCCAGAUACUUUUUGCAAAGAUGCAGCAGGAAAUUAUUUUGGUAUUAACCGUGAUUCGUUUGCUGUAUUAAGAGAAUUACCGUUAAUUAAUCCUCCAACAUUUAUCGAUCCAGGACGAGGAUUACUGAAAAGUGAUUUGCCUCCAAAAAUAUUGGAUUUAAACAAUGAGAGGUCAGCUCAAGGUUCAGAAAGAAUUAAUGAUAUUAAUUGGAGAGUUGAGGCAUCUAGUUUUCUCUGGGAAAAGUUGAUAAAAUCAAGGGUUCAUUCUAGAAUUGAAAAUGCAAUUACAAAUAUUCAAUGGCAAAUGAUAAAGCAGCAAGCAAAUGGGUUUGUUUUCCUUGAUAUUGGAAUCGAAGGAUUUUAUAAUGGAAUAGAAGACCCACCAAAAAGCAUUUUUUCAUUUUCAGACGAUCCAUUUGGAAUGUACAGCCAAUGUUUACAUGCAUUUUCUGAAUCAAAUAGGAGGAAAACCCAUGUUAAUUAUUUUGAUAGGCUACCCAAAUUGGACUAUAAAUGGACUAUUUCUAAACAGAUAUCCGAGGAAUUAAUUGAUAAAGGCAUAAACUCCGAGAAUUUUGAAAGUUUCAAAGAGUAUUCAACUUUAGUCAAACAAUCUUUAUGUAUGGAAGCAGUAAAAGAAUACUUUGAGAACGCAAACGACUGCCCAGUUAUUACGGACGAAAUAGAAUUAAUUAAAUAUAAUGUAAAGAACACAUUUCCCAAUAAUCCCUUCCCUGAUGCAAAAGAUCCAAUGCUUGCAGACCCGGACGGCGAACUAGAGGCUAAGGAGCAAUGGGAGUUCAUCUAUGAAUAUUCUCUAAAGUCCCGUAAUAGAAAGCUAUCUAAUAGUGAUUACAACGAAAAUAUAAUUAUUGUGAGCCAAAAAAUGCCUUUUUCUUAUUUGGAAUUUAGACAAUUAGAAUGGCGUACUAAACAUGAGUGUUAUCAAGACAUGGCAGUAAACUGUAUUCAGUCUUCAUGGAGAAUGGUGGAAUCUAAUUGGAAGAAUCAAGAUGUUCAGACAGACCUUGCAUCUGCAUUGGCUAUUUUUUGUGAUAGUGUGGCAAUUCUUUAUUUUGAAAGGAAAAAACAAUGGAGACAGUUAAUUAAACUUAUGGAAACACAAAAGUAUUCGCCUUCUUUCUUUUGGGUAAGAAGAGGAUUCUAUUUACCUAAAUCAUACGAUCUGCUGAAGGUAUCAGUCAAUAAUGGCAAAGAACGUAGGAUAAACAAGGAAGAAUUGGAAAUUUACAAAAAAUCUCUUGUAAAUAGUAUCCUUGAGUUAGUAAGUUAUAGAUAUUUGGCCCCGCUGACUGUUGACAUCGAGAAGUUAUGUAACUCUCUCGCAAUUGAUAUGUCAGUAGCAACUACAAGAGGAAUUUGGAUAGGACUUGUACCCGUCGAUUCCGAAGUGCUUAUUGAAAUGGAAAGAUUAUCAAAUAACAACAUUCAUUUAGAAAAAAAAGAUGAAGCUGUCGGUUACUAUCCAAUAAGAAAUCAAUUUUCUCCUAGAAAAAGAGUUGUUAGAGGUGUAUCGGACUCUAAAAGCCAUAGGCUUAAAAGAGAUAAAAAUGAACAAACCAUUAAAAUGACAAAAUUAAAAUCUCCAAUUAAAACUACUGUGAUGCCAAAUAUUAGAUUACUACAAUAUAAAAAGAUAGUAGAAAAAGACGAAGAUGACUUACCACUUGAAUAUCCUAUUAAAAGUAAUAAUAGGGCAGAUUGGAGAAAAUAUAUAAAUAGAGGGGUUGAUGAAGCAAAACAAAAUCUCAACCAAAAAACUAUUCAAGAUUUUUAUAAGGUUGAUUGGGCGAGGCCUUUUGGUUCAAGUGAUAAAUACAAAUACGGAUAUAUCACUUAUGAUUCCAGGGUUCCGAUUGUAAAUCAAAGAAUUCCAUUUAAUGGUAAAAUUCAAGAUUUGGGUUAUGGAGAUCCGCAAAUCUCUAGGAGAGAAAACAAAGUUAAAUUUCUUACUAAAGUCUCAGAUGUUUAUCGAAGAUCACCGGAUUUAUAUAGAGGAGUACAAAAAGAUGAUCAAUCAGUCCUUAUUAAAAGCCCAUCACUAUUGGUGGGUCAAAAAAUAGCAAAUAUCCCAUUGAAGCUAGAAGAAUUUGUUAACGUACCAGAUAUUCCAAGAACUAAGCCACUAUCAAAAGAGGAAAUUUUAGAAAGAGCAAAACAUAUUCAACUGGAUGAUAGCGAAUUUGAAGAAUCCAUUGAUACUAAUAAAAUUAUUGAUUAUUUAAAUAAUGCUAGCAAUAAUGAUUUCAGCGAUAUUGAAGCUCUGAAUUAUAAAACAGAAACAUCAAAAAGCGAAGACUACUCCGUAAAAGAUUAUUCACUCCCUUCAACAGAAAUAAUUCAUAGUGUUAUUAAAUCAUCUGAAUAUUAUAAAAUUAUGGCAGAAUGUAUUCCUCACUUCGGUUAUACUAUUGGGAAAACAUUGAGCGAAAAGGACCUAAUGAAAGGAGCCAGAUUCGUAUAUAGAUGUCUUAGGAUGGAUGGUCAUUUUGUCACACCACAGACUGCAUACAGAAUUUGGAUUAGAUCUCAAUUUUUACGUCGUAAUACUCCAAAAGUUCCACUCACUCCCUAUAAAGAAGAAAUGAAAGAUUAUAUAAAGAAAAGAAAAAAGAAUGACAACCAGAUAUAUUGCCCAGGAAAAUUGCAGGAUAAAAUUGACGAAAUGGCCGAUACAAUAGCUACGGCUGCAUACAUAAAUGGAGUUUUUCCCGCUGAUAAAAUGAUACAAAUAUGUAAUAUUGCAAGAGACUUUGUAUAUAAAAGAAUAGGCACUAUUACCCAAUGCGUCAAGGCAUUUAAGAGGCAUAUUUCCAGAUUAAAUGGAGAAUAUACAAUUAAUCAUAGGUUAUUUCCAACAAUUUGUACUCACAUUGAACAAGAGUCUGGGAAAAACUUGUUUUCAUCAAAUUGA